AGAAUUGCCAUUAUUAAUGUUCAACUUGAACUUUUCUGCUUUCCUCAAUUUAUGUCUCGGGAAUCGGGGCCUAGGUCAUCCGAUCCCGGUCCCACCGUCCAGAACGUCUUCUUUUCUCGAACUCAUAUGACCCUAUUGUACAUACUGUAUCCCUUCCAGUUUGUAUCCCAGUUAUUCCUCAUCCCCUACGUAGGACAGGUGCUCUGUGUAUGUACAUGCCUACUACAAGUAAUCACCCCAAGCGCCCACUGGGGUUAGAUUAUCCUUGCUUCUCUGGGUCGAUACGGAAUGGCCAUUAACAUCGGAGGAGCCUUGUGCUUCUCGGUGCCGGUGUUUGUGUUUGCUUUCUUCUCUCUGACCUCGACAGUCGACAAGGAGACGAUGAACUGGUGUGCGGUUAUGGGCUCAUUGCCAUCCUAUA